AUGAGCCACCAUCAAGUUUUUCAAAAACAAGUUUUAGCUCCAACUGGUGUUGAACAAUGUAUAAAAGCAAAUCUUAUAAAUGAUGACUCAAUUAAUUUAGUAUUAGCUAAAACAAAUGUUUUACAAAUAUAUAAAAUCAGAUAUGAAAAAAUAGAAAAAUAUGAAAAUGUUUCAGAUUCACAACCCCAACAACAGCAAGAACAAGAACAACAACAACAAGAUAUAACACAAAAGAAAAAGAUUGAAUUAAAACCAAGUUUAGAAUUAAUAAUUGAAAAGAAAUUAUUUGGAAAUAUUGAAUCUAUGGCAAGUGUUAGAUAUCCAAAUUCAGAGAGAGAUUCAUUGAUUUUAACAUUUAGAGAUGCUAAAAUAUCAGUAUUAGAUUACGAUUCAGAUUUAUUAGAUUUUGAAAUUCGUUCACUUCAUUACUUUGAAAAGGAUGAAUUUAAAGGUGGAAGAAAUCAUUUCAAACAUCCACCAUUACUAAAAGUUGAUACUCAACAACGUUGUGCUGUUAUGUUACUAUAUGAUAGAAAUUUAGCGGUUUUACCUUUUAAAAAAACAAGUUCAAUUUUAGAUGAUGAUGAUGAUGACGACGACAAUAAUGAUGAUGAUGAUGAUGAAAAUAAUGAACAUGACGAAAAUGAAAAUGAAAAUGAAAAUGAAAAUAUUAUUAAAAAAGAAGGUGAUCAACAAACAAAAGAAAAAGAAUCAGUUGAUGAUGAAUUCGAUUUAUUAUUUGAAAAAGAUUCUUCACCACCACCACCAUCAACUGCAGCAACAGCAGAAACAACAACAACAAUUAAAAAAGAAUCAAAUAAUAAUCAAGAUAAAGAAAAGAAAAAUAUAGAGAUUGAAAAUGUUAAAGAUUUUUGUUUUUUACAUGGAUAUUAUGAACCAACGAUAUUAUUUUUACAUGAACCAAUUCAAACAUGGACAAGUAGAAUAGCAGUAAAGAAAUUUACAUGUCAAAUGACAGCUAUAUCAUUGAAUUUAUUGACAAAGGCAGGAUCAUUCAUUUGGAAUGUUUCAAAUUUUCCAUACAAUUGUGAAAUGUUAGUUAGUGUACCAGAGCCAUUGGGUGGCGCAUUGGUUAUAACAGCUAAUAUUAUGUUUUAUGUUAACCAAACUUCAAGAUAUGGUUUGGCCGUAAACGAAUAUGCAUCAAUCGAUACGAGUACAAUCAUUGGUAGUCAACCAUUUGAUUUCCCAAUUGAUGAUACAUUGAAUUUAGUAUUCACAUUGGAUAGAUCAAAUUUCGUUUUCCUUGAAUCUGAUAAAUUCAUUGGAUCAUUGAAAGGUGGGGAAUUAUUAAUAUUUCAUUUAAUAUCCGAUGGUAGAUCAGUACAAAGAAUUCAUGUCUCAAAAGCUGGUGGUAGUGUUUUAACCUCCUGUAUUUGCGUUUUAUCAAAUAAUUUAAUAUUUUUAGGUUCAAGAUUAGGUGAUUCAUUAUUAUUACAAUAUACAGAGAAAUCAAUCACUGAUGAUCAAUUAGAACAUGAAAAUUUUAGUAAUCCAUAUAAAAAACAAAAAACUUCUGAAGUUUUUGAUCUUUUUGAUGAAAAUAGUGAAACCAAUAAUAAUAAUAAUUCAAAUAACAAUAAUAAUAAGGAAAAUCAGGAAAAAUCAUCAUCAUCAUCAAUAGCAUCAAAAUUAUUAGAAGAGAUUGAGGAUGAAGAAGAUCAAUUAUUUAAAGAGAAAAAGAAUCAAUUAAAAUCUUAUCAACUUGGUAUUUGUGAUCAAAUUAUUAAUAUUGGACCAAUUGGUGAUAUUGUUGUUGGUCAAUCAAUAGAUCCAACUUAUGAUGAAACUAUUCAACCAAAUCAACCUGAAUAUGUUCCAAAAACUUUAGAAUUAGUAACAUGUUCAGGUUAUGGUAAAAAUGGUUCAAUCUCUGUACUUCAAAAUAAUAUUAAGCCUGAAUUAGUUAUGGCAUUUGAAUUACCUGGUAUUUUAAAUGUUUGGACAGUUUAUAAAGAAGAAAUAGAAGAAGAACAUAUUGAAAAAGAAAUUAAAAAAAAUACUAGUAAAAAAAGAUCAAGAGAUGAAAAUAAUAAUAAUGAACAAGAAGAUAAUGAACAAGAAGAUAAUGAAGAUAAUGAAGAAGAAGAAGAAGAAGAAAAAAUGCAAAAAGAUAAAAAUUGGCAUGAUUAUUUAUAUUUAUCAUUAAAAGAUGGUACAACAUUAAUUUUUGAAACUGGUCGUGAUUUAAAAGAAGUUGGUAAAUUUAAUUUUAAAUCAUUAGAUAUUGGUAAUUUAUUUGGUAGAAAAAGAAUUGUAGUUAUUUAUCAAGGUGGUAUUAAAUUAAUUAAUGGAUUCGAUAGAGUGAUUCAAGAGAUUCAAAUCAAUGAACCAAUUAAAUCAUCUUAUAUUUGUGAUCCAUUCAUUUUAUUACAAUUUCAUAAUGGUACAAUUCAAAUAUUUAAAGGUAUUGAUGAAGAGAAUCAAUUAAUUCAAUUUUCAAUAAAUUCAAUUUCAAAUAACUUAAAUCAAUCAAUUUUCUCUUCUUCUUUAUUUUUUGAUAGAAAUAAAUCAUUUUUAAAUAUUAAUAAUAAAAAUCAAAAAUUAAAAUUACAACAACAACAACAACAACAACAACCAUCAAAUGAAAAAAAGAAGAAAAAGGAUAAAAGUCGUGGAUUUUUAGAUUCAGAUUCAGAUUCAGGAGAAUCAAGUGAAGACGAAGAAAUGAAAGAUAUUAAACAAGAAAAUGAAAAUGAAAAUGAAAAUGAAAAUGAAAAUGAAAAUGAAAAUGAAAAUGAAAAUGAAAAUGAAAAUGAAAUUGAAAUUAAAGAUCAAGAUAAUAUUUAUUUAAAUAUUUAUACAACAAAUGGAAGUUAUGAAAUUUAUAGAUUAACAAGUCAAGAGUGUAUUUUUAAAGUUUCAGAUAUUAAAUUUGAAUAUGAUAUACUUGGUAUCAAUACAAAUGUAUCACAAAAUCAAAUUUUAGAACAAGUUUUAACACCAAAAUCAUCACUUUCAAAAAAACAAUUACAACAACAUUUACAAAAACAAAAAGAGAAUGGUAUAAAUAGUAAAAAUAAUUAUAAUCAAAUUCAAAAUUCUGAAAUUUUAGAUAUUGUUGAAAUAUCAUUACAUAAUUUUAAUAAUUCUGAUCCUUAUUUAUUUAUGUUUAAUAAAAUUGGAGAUUUAAUAAUUUAUAAAUCAUUUAAAAGAGAAAAGAAUGGUGAAUUAAGAUUUAAAAAAUAUAAUCAUUCAUUUAUAUUAAGAGAUUCAGUGACGGAAUUUUAUCAAAAACAACAAGAGAAAGAAUUAUUAAAUGGUAUGGAUGACGAUGAUGAUAUGGAUGAUGAAAAGAAAAAGAAAAAAGAAGAAGAAGAAGAAGAGAAUUUAAAUCGUCAAAAAAGAAUAUUUGAAUUUAGUUCAAUUAGUGGUAAAAGAGGUUUAUUCAUUGGUGGUAAAAAACCAAUAUGGGCAUUUUGUGAAAAAGGUUAUCUUAGAUUACAUAGUAUGGAUUCAUCUGAUAAUUCAAAUAGUAAUAAUUCGAAUAAUAAUAAUAAUAAUAAUUCAAAUACAGUUGAAACUUUUACAUCAUUUAAUAAUAUAAGUUGUCAAGAUGGAUUUAUUUAUUUUAGUAAAGAGAAAGAUGUUAUAAAGAUUUGUACAUUAUCAACUUUAAUGAAUUUUGAAAAUGAUAUUGCAAUUAGAAGAAUUCCAACAAAGAAUAGUUGUCAUAAGAUUGCAUAUCAUAGUGAAGCGAAAUGUUAUGUUGUUAUUGUAUCAUUUCCACAAGUUACCCAAGAGUUACAAGAGGAUUCAAAGAAACCAAUUUUAACUGAUGAUAAAUUUCAAAUUAAAUUAAUUGAUCCAACAAUCGAUUGGAAUUGGAAAUUUAUUGAUAGUUUUUCACUUCAAGAUAGGGAGACUGUAUUGGCAAUGAAAAUAGUCUCACUAAAAUUCACAGAACCCGAUGGUAUCACAAGAGCACGUCCAUUCCUUGUAAUUGGCACAGCUUUUACAUUUGGUGAAGACACGCAAUGUAAAGGAAGAGUAUUGGUAUUUGAAAUCGUUUCUCAUAAAACUCAGUUUGAAAGUGAAGAAUUGGGUGAAAAACGUUUGAAUCUUUUAUAUGAAAAGGAACAAAAGGGUCCAGUCACUGCUUUAUCAAGUGUCAAUGGUUUACUAUUGAUGACGAUUGGUCCAAAGUUGACAGUUAAUCAGUUCUAUACUGGUAGUUUGGUUACAUUGUCUUUUUAUGACGCUCAAAUCUAUAUUUGUUCAAUUUGUACAAUUAAGAAUUAUAUAGUGAUUGGUGAUAUGUAUAAAAGUGUUUAUUUCCUUCAAUGGAAGGAUAAUAAAACUUUAAAUUUACUCUCAAAAGAUUAUCAAGCUUUAAAUAUAUUUUCAACAGAAUUCAUUGUAAAUCAAAAAACAUUAAGUAUUUUAGUUUCAGAUUUAGAUAAAAAUAUUUUAUUAUUUUCUUUUGAACCUCAAGAUCCUUCUUCAAGAUCUGGUCAAAUAAAUCAAGAAAUUAAUGGUAAUAAUAAAAAUGAUAAUAGAUUACCAAAAAAAGAACAAUUAGUAAUAUUUGGUACAUUAGAUGGUGGAUUAAAUGUAUUAAGACCAUUGGAUGAAAAAAUUUAUUUAUUAUUUUAUCAUAUUCAAUCGAAAUUAUAUUAUUUACCACAAACUGCAGGUUUAAAUCCAAAACAAUAUCGUUCAUUCAAAUCAUUUAGUCAAAAUUUCCAUUUCUCUCCUUCAACUUUUCAUCAAUUACCAAAAUUCAUUUUAGAUGGUGACUUAAUUUCAAAGUUUUUAUCAUUAUCUCAAAGUGAAAAAAGAUUAAUUUCAAAUAGUAUUAAUUCUACUUCUGAUGAAAUCAUUGAAUCUUUAAAAGAUGUUUUCGAAUCUUGGAAUUUAUUUUAA